AUGGCUUCCAACGCCGAUGGCGAGGCUUUUGCGCCCACCGACGUCCUGGCUGCUGUCAUGGCGAUGCGGGGUGGCGAGCAGGAGAGCAAGAAGAAGGCUCACGAGUACCUCGAGCGGUUCCAGAAGUCGAAAGGCUCCUGGGCCACGACAAUCGGUAUCCUCCAGGAGCAGGCCGAGCCCGAGGCUACGCUGUUUGCUGCCAUUACGCUCCGCGGAAAGAUCACCUAUGACCUGGCCACCCAGGUCUCCCCGGCCGAACUCGACUCGCUCCGAAACCAGAUCCUCCUCCUCCUCCAGCGCUACGCUUCCGGGCCCAAGCCCAUCCGUGUACAGCUGUCCGUCUGCCUGGCCAUCCUGGCCAUACAGAUGAAGGACUGGAACGACGUCCUGCAGUCCGUUGUCUCGUCGCUCAGCAGCAGCCCCGAGAGCCACGCGGCCAUACUCGACUUCCUGCGGGUCCUGCCCGAGGAGGUGACCGAAGGUCGAAAAAUCACCCUCUCUGAAGAGGACUUGGCGGCCCGGACUCAAGCCCUGCUGGCCGACAACGCCGACCAUGUCGUGCAGCUCCUGCUAAACUACUCACAAUCUUCGCCUGCCGCUGCGCAGAACCCCCAGCUCAUGGAGUGUCUCACCUCUUGGCUCAGGGAGGUUCCCGUCGCCAACAUUGUCAAGUCACCACUGCUGGAUAUCGUGUUCAACGGCGUGUCGGGCGACGACAGCACGCAAGAGGCUUCCGAGUGCCUCUGCACCAUACUCAGGGAGACGGCAGACGUCGACGAGAGCCAGGACGUCAUCGAGGUGCUCUUUCCACGCAUCAUCGCGCUGGGAUCCCAGAUCGACACGGUGGUCGAGGAAGAGGAUACGGAGCGCUUCAAGGCGCUGACAAAGGUGUUCGCGACGGCGGCCGAGUGCUGGGUGGUUGCUAUCGCGCGUCAGCCCUCGCACUUCAAGCCGCUGGUCGACGCCGUGCUGCAGUGCGCCGCAAAGGACGCGGACAAGGACGUGAUCGAGUUCACCUUCAACUUCUGGUACGACCUCAAGCAGUACCUCGUCCUGGACCGUUACAUCGAGAGCAGGCUGGCCCUGGCCGAGGUCUACUCGAAGCUGGUCGACAUCCUGCUCAGGCAGCUGUGCUACCCCCAGCCCGACAGCGGCGACGAGGCGGACCUCUUUGACGGCGACCGCGAGCAGGAGGAAAAGUUCCGCGAGUUUCGGCACCACAUGGGCGACACGCUCAAGGACUCGUGCGAGGUGCUGGGCGUGACCGAGUGCCUGAACAAGGUCCUCCAGUCGAUCCAGGUGUGGAUGCAGAAGUACGCCAGCCAGGCAUCGGAGACGUCGGUGCCGCACUGGCAGGAGCUCGAGGCGCCCAUCUUCGGUGUGCGCGCCCUGGGCAAGAUGGUGGACCGCGACGAGGGCGUCGUGCUGCCCCAGCUGAUGCCGCUCCUCGUCCAGAUCCCCAACCACGAGAAGCUCCGGUUCGCCACCAUCAUGGUGCUGGGCCGAUACACCGAGUGGACGGCCGCCCACCCCGAGUACCUGGAGCCCCAGUUCAGCUACAUCGUCUCGUCCUUCUCGUCGGACUCCAAGGAGAUCACCCGCGCCGCCGCCCUGUCGAUGAAGUUCUUCUGCCAGGACUGCAAGCACCUCCUGAGCGGCCAGGUCCUCCAGCUGCAGACCUUUUACGACUCCGUCCUCGACCAGCUCCCCGACGUCAGCAAAGAGGAGAUUACCGACGGCGUCGCCAGCGUCGUCGCCGUGCAGCCGGUCGAGGAGACGUACCGCCUUCUCAAGACGUACUGCGGGCCUCUCAUCCAGAGGCUCAUGGACAAGGCCAACGCCGCCACCGACGAGGACGGCAAGCUAGCAUUGGCGGACCACCUCCAGCUCAUCACGGUAUUCGUGCAAAACGUCAUCCCGCCGGUCAAGCCGGGCCAGGAGAACCCGGCUAUCAAGUACUGGCAGGAGGUGUUCCCUAUCCUUGCGACGGUGCUCGACAACUUCCUCGACUUCAGCCCGAUCUGCGAGCGCGUGUGCCGGUGCUGGCGGAAUAUGGUGAUCUCGUACCGGACGGCCAUCUCGCCGAUGCUGCCGGACAUGGCCAACAAGCUGGCGACCGGCUUCGCAGCGUCGCGCGAGGGCUGCUUCCUGUGGGUGACGUCGGCCAUCCUGCGCGAGUUCUCGGAGGAGCGUGACCACGUGGACCAGGGGACGACGGACGACAUCUACACCUUCUUCGAGGCGCAGACGACGGCCUUCCUCCGGGUGAUGACGGAGCUGCAGCCCAAGGAGCUGCCGGACGUGAUCGACGACUUCUUCCGUCUGAUGAUUGACGCGCUGCUGUACUACUCGCAGCGUCUCCUCCCGUCGCCGCUCAUGGCGCCCAUCUUCGAGGCGGCCGUGUACGCGCUGACGCUGGAGCAGCGCGACCCGCUGUCGUCGACGCUCCACUUCCUCCGGGACCUGCUGUCCUACGGAGGCGACAACCCGGCGACGAGCGAGCACAUCUCGGAGCCGGCCAAGGCGCAGAUGCAGGCGGUCGUGCGAUCUCUCCUGGCAUCGCACGGCCCCAGCCUGGUGAAGCAGGUCAUGGCAGGCAUGAUGAUCACCUUCCCCCGCGACUGCUUCGCCGACGGCUCCGGCGUCCUCCUCUCUCUGUUUGAGCUGCUCCCGGCCGAGACGACGGCGUGGGUGUCUCAGACUAUCCGCAUGCUCCCCGAGGGUACCAUGCCGCCGGUCGAGGCGGAGAGGCUCCUGACCAAGAUCGGAGAGAAGCUUCAGCUGCGGCCCGAGGACGGAGGGGUCAGGGGCGUGCGCGUUCUCCUGCAGGACUUUACGAAUGCGUAUCGUCGCCGGAACGUGGCCCCUCGUGACGGCCUGGGUCAGCUCGAAGCUGCCAAGUUUCAGUUUUCUGGUUGA